AUGGCCAUACCAUAUCGUGCGUUGUUCUUUCGAGAUCACACUCACCACAACAAGAUCUUCACAUUCAAUGAUCCAAUUUCACCUUCAAUAAGAUCUAUAAGAUUCUCAUGUGGAGGCCUAACGAGAAGAGAGACCCCAUCGAACGGAAGACUUUUCAUACAAAAUGUAUCAUCCAAGAAUGAGUCCUUGUGCAUUGUUCCGGGUCUUCAAAGCGAGAGAACAAAGGAAAAUGGUCAUUGGAGCACAAUCGAAGAGCCUAGCAACAACUUGGCAAGCACAUGGGAAGAGAUCCACGGCAAGAGCGAUUGGGUAGGCUUGCUCGAUCCAAUCGACCCCCUCUUGUGGGCCGAGCUGAUUCGGUACGGGGAAAUGGCUCAAGCGUCCUAUGACGCGUUCGAUGCCGACCUGUUCUCCAAGUAUUGUGGCAGUUGUCGGUACAAGCCAAGCGAGUUUUUCCGUUCCCUCGAGUUUCCUCGGGCUGGAUAUGAAGUGACCCGUUACCUCUAUGCCUCGUGCAAUAUCCAUAACCAUCCCCACUUCUUCAAGAAAUCCUUGUGGCGAGAUAGAUGGAGCGAAUCAGCUAAUUGGUUUGGGUACGUUGCUGUAUCAGAUGAUGAAAUGUCGAAAGCUCUAGGACGACGGGACAUAGCCAUAGUGUGGCGCGGCACGAUGAGGAAGCCCGAGUGGAUUGUGGAUGCCAUGUACAGCAUGAGCCCCGUCAGGCAAAAGGGAAUCCCCUGCCCUGAUCGAAAAGCCAAGGUUGAGUCGGGGUUCCUCCAUCUCUACACCGAGAAGGAUGAAAAUUCCAGGUUUUGCAAGCAUUCCGCGCGGGAGCAUGUUCUCCAAGAAAUAGAGCAGUUGGUACGGAAGCACGCAGACGAGGAUUUGAGCAUUACGAUCACAGGUCAUAGCCUUGGAAGCGCUCUAGCGAUAUUAAGUGCAUACGACAUAGCAGAGACGGGUACAGACAUUAGGCAGGACGGCAAAAUAGUCCCCAAGUGCGUGUUCUCGUUUGCAGGACCACGAGUCGGCAAUGCCAGAUUCAAGCAGCGAAUUGAGGAGCUAGGAGUGAAGGUCCUGAGAGUGUUAAACGUUCAUGACAAGGUUCCGACAGUGCCCGGUAUGAUUUUCAAUGAAUAUGCACCUUCCAUACUGCAAAAAUGGGGUUGCUACUCGCAUGUUGGCAUCGAGCUUGCGUUGAAUCACGAAAACUCGCCCUACUUGAAGGACGAAGGUGAUCUGUUGUGUUAUCAUGACAUGGAAGUUCUUCUUCAUCUCCUGGAUGGGUAUAAAGGGAAGGGCCAGAAGUUUGAGCUCGCCAGCAAGAGAGACAUUGCGUUGGUGAACAAAGCGACUGACUUCUUGAAAGAUGAGUUACUUGUCCCACCAAAGUGGAUGCAACUCGAGAACAAAGGGCUUGUGAGAGGCCAGGAUGGCCGUUGGACACAACCGGAGAGGCAAGAUUUGGGGGAUCACUUUGAAGGUGUUAAUCUUGAAGCUAGCCUGGUCUGA